AUGAAGAGGCACUCAUAUCUAGUUUGUGCUCUCAGAGGUCCCAGUGGAACAUUUCAGAGCAUAGCUACACGCAUCCCAGCCUGGGGAAUGGAAAUCACAACAAUCAACAGACGUGACCAAGAUUUUCUGCUAACUGAUAACAGGGGGACCGUCUUACCGAGUUUGCUGAGUCUCAUUUUUGCCCUAGUUGGACUGGCAGGAAAUAUAGUUGUGCUCUGGCUUCUGGGCUUUCCCAUGCACAGCAACACUUUCUCCAUGUACAUCCUCAACCUGGCAGGGGCUGACUGCUUCUUCCUCAGCUGCCACAUUUUAGGUUUCCUGGUGACACUCAUCAGGUUCUUUGGUUCAGUAACUAUCUCUGUCCCAAGCUUCUUAACCACUGGAAUGCUCUUUCACUAUAUCACAGGCCUGGGCAUUCUCGGUUCCAUUAGCACUGAGCGCUAUCUUUGCAUCUUAUGCCCCAUUUGGUAUCAAUUCAAUCGCCCAAAGUACAUGUCAAGUAUAUGCAAUCUGCUCUGGGCCCUAUCCCUGAUGCUGAGCACUCUGGAAGGAACUUAUUGUUGUUUCCUUUUUAGGGAUGAUGCAAGUAGGUGGUGUCAGAUGUUUGCUUUCACUUGUACUACCUGGCUGACGUUUUUAUGUGUGAUUCUUUCUGAAUCUAGCCUAGCCCUACUAGUCAGUAUCUUCUGUAGUUCCAGGAAGAAUAUGUUGACCAGACUGUAUGUUACCAACCUGCUCACAGUGUUGGUCUUCCUCCUCUGUGGAAUGCCCUUAGGCUCUAUCUAUUGGUUUCUAGUUUUCUGGAUUCAGAAUUCAAACUCAUUAAGUUGGUACCAUCUCCAGGUUGUAAUCGUGCUGUCCUGUGUUAAUGGCUCUGCCAACCCCAUCAUUUAUUUCUUAUUUGGCUCCUUUAGACAUCAGCUGUAGAAGCAGACCCUCAAGCUUCUCCAGAGGGCUCUACAGGACACUCCUGAGAGAGAAUGUAGCGACAGCCUUCCUCAGGAGGCCCUUGAGAUGUCAAGAAGCAAUAUGGAGUAA